UUAUAACAUUUAAUCUAUAGUAAGUACAACUUACGUACCCGAAGUAUGUUGAACGAUGUGCAGAAAUUAUAUACAGACACUCUUUCCAUGAUAGCAGAUAUAUAUGUACGUUUAUGUUCAUAAUACAUCUCUGAAUUAUCAAGUUAGAUGCGGCAAGUGGCCAUACGAGUUAAGCAGCGUGCAAUCUGUUUUGCAGUGGAAACGCCUUUUGCGUUUUUUUAAAUCUUGUCAUGCACCUCUCGUUGCAGAUUUUUGCUAUUCAAGCGCUAUGUAUAUACGAAAAAUGCGAAGCUUACAUUUGAUAUCGGUUGCGCAUAUUAGCUGUUAUUUGCGUUGACGCCCUUUCUUGGUAUUUUUUUGUUUCGAGUCUCGAGGGUACCUUGGAGAAUAUUGCUAAUGCGAGCAAAAAACAAACUUCAAUAAAUUUAUCUUCGAUUAUCGGUACAAUUCCAGGAACACCGCAGUUGCAAACACUAUAGGCAGCGCUGCGUACUUACAAGCGAGAGCGUGGCGCAACGCCACCUCUCUUCACCCAAAGAAACUUGGUGAGCUUUUGGAGAAAUUUUUAAAAAUGCCUACUCCCAAUGCCUUGAGGUACCUAAACAGCCUCUUUGGCCCCCAACUCAGACAAUUCGCUCUCGUUAAGCUUUUACUGCAACCGCUGUAUUUUAUGCAUUUGACCCUCGCACCAUCUUUUCAUGUCUCUACAAGGACGGGCGGAAGCGAUCGGUAAGACUGCGGUAGCAAAAAUUACCAUAAUAUAGGUGGCUGCGCCAACCUUUGAAGUUGCUCCUAUCCUAAGGUGGUAACCUUAGAACUCGUGCUGAACUGUAACGCAUGGUUAAUAUUUACAGCUGCUGUACAAAUGAUCAUGAAUAAUUUAGAGAAACUAACAGUGAAGCUUAACUCGACUAAAUUUAUGGUAACGGAACUCGAAAUGAGGCUCACAAGCCGAAGAUUUGGGAUAUUAUGGUGUGCGUAGCUCACCGUGUAACUACUACGUGCGGUGUAUGUGAUAUCGUGCAGAUUAAAAACGGUGACUUGGCCUGUCUACUCAGAACGCAAACAUUUGAAGCUCUUUCUUUUUUACUUUUGACAAAGUUAAAUUACCUUUUUUUGACGUAUACUUGAUUACAAUAUUUUUGUGCUUUAACAUUCAGCAAAAAGGACAUAUUGUCGUUUCCGUCACUGACACCCAUUCCAUAAACUGAUAGCUUAAUGGCAUUUCUGUCAUGACAACGCAAAUACUACGACUACCAUCACUUAAUAAGUAACCUCUAUUUAGCACCUGGUGCUAAUACAAUGCGGACAGCAGCAGAGCAUUCAUAUGUCCUUGUUUUUUUGUUCUUGAACAUGCUCGGUGGAAAACUGAGUUCCUCAAUCCUCUAGAAAGAGACGAGGCCUGUCGUCUCUUUCCCUGCGCUGCGAAAGCAGCGCCUCCACGACCUCCUGCCCUUUCCACCAUUCGUUGAGAAACACUCGUCAGUCCUUACCAAUUCUUCGGCUUGAACGCUUCGUGUGGUGAGGGAUUACGGUGAGAAUCAUCGCAUGGCAAGCGCUACAGCGUGCACUACUUCUGACUAACUAAACAAAGAUUUAGAGACAUGGUAUAUUGUUGCUCGGUAGAGUUCACGAUUUAAGCGAACCUGCUGUCUUCGUUAUCGUCGUCAAUGGAGUUGUAUAUGGGGACUGUUGGAAAGUUCACUACGUAGGUCGGUAAUUAACAUGGAAUAAUCGCAAAUAAAGGUGAAUUGGGACACAUGUUAGAUACAUACUAAUGCUUCUGAGAUCCUCUCAUCAGUGAGUCAUCACGUGAAAGAAAUAGGGGCGCAAGCGCCCUCGUACGGAUACGCGCGGUUACUCUGUGUGAGCCAUGUGAUUCAUUGUGCUGUUACGCAUUCAAUAUAUAAUGAACAAAUUUAAUGGAAAUAAUACGACGUUUCGUUUAUACGACUAAAUGAAAUAUCAAUAUAGUUAAUAAUGUCAACUCGCAUACGUUAGUGCUCCUACUUCAACGAUGCAUGAAUUAACAAAGGGCGCCAGCUCAUUGACAGUCACGAUAUCGUCAUUAUUAGUUGAGCUUUGUUGUACCCAUCUGUGUCCAGUGCAACUUGGUGUAAACUAGCGGCUGCCUAAUUUUCUAUUGGAUACGUUUGACAGAAGACAUGCUCGUUAUACUCGUGCGGUAAACGUGUCACACUAUGCUCUCCAUAUGCUCGUCUACAGGGAUAUUGUUUAUUAGCAUUGUUCUAAAAGAUUGCUGGCAGGCUUCCGGCUCCUGUAGAGAGCGAACAUUCGUAUCUAACCUGUAAGAACUCGAAGGAGUUUCGAACGUACGUGAAACGCAGAGUGCAAGUACUAUACAAACAAGCAAAAAAAAAAACACAAGCGUUAUUUGUUGUGUCCAAAAACGAUGAAAGCGGUCUAUCGCACGAAAACUGCCCCACGAACCUAAAAGGCCGAUAUCUAUCAGAAUCUGUUAACCAUAUGACCGACGAUGGGUCAUAAGUUGUUCAUUCUUCUCAUUCUAUUCGAUAUUGGCUUGAACGCCGUCAACACUGGCCUACCGCUUGGAAAUGGUCUAUUUGCAAGAGCAAGCCGAUUCCAGCUCACACCAUUGCAUCUGCCUGUACCGAGCGAUACCAACACUAUCGAUUUCACCAGCCAAACGGACACGUUUGAAAACUUCAAGGUUGAGCCGUUAGCAUUUCAAAGCGCUUCGCAAACGGCUGGCAGUUCCUCCCAAAUAUCGGAUUUAAGCGUAUCGUCGCAAUCACAUCAAUCACAGUCAACGCAACAGUACUUCGUCGUUCGACCCCGCGACAUAAAAACUGCUCAAGGUGAAAAUGUUCUCCUUGAAUGCCAAGUAGGAAAUCGGCGUGGCCUUGUGCAGUGGAGUAAAGAUGGCUUCUUACUCGGUUACCAAACAUCAAUACCAGGAUUCCCGGGCCAUUCGAUGGAUAUAGACGAGGCCAGGGGCGUGUACAACCUCGUCAUACGUAAUGUGCAAAUGGCGGACGAGGGGGUCUACCAGUGCCAGGUCGGGCCAGCUAGCAAUGGAGUGACACCCAUUCGCGCAGAAGCCAACUUACAUGUGAUACUACCGCCGGUGCGUUUGGAUAUUAACGGAAGUCGCGGCCCAGAAGUUGUAUUUGCUGUGCGAGCGAAUACUCGAGUGGUCCUCACUUGUACAGCGAAAAAGGCACGACCAGCAGCUCGUAUUCGAUGGUUCAGGAAAUCGGUUGAACUUGUACCCGAAGCGGCCCGCACAUUGACGAUCGAGGAGACCGAACGUCGAGUAACAACAGUGUCUUCCAUCACGCUAUGGCCAAGCCAGUCGGUGCUCAAUGAUCAGUAUACGUGUGAGGCGCUCCAUCCAGCGUUGCAGCCAAAUGGCAGCGGUAGCGGAAAUACUAAUACGGCUGGCAAACAUAUGAAGAUCACAGCUCUCGUUCGUGUAAUGACGGCCCCAAACUCUACUCGAAUUGAAGGUUACAUAGAAGGGACGCCUGUCCGAGAAGGUGACGUGCUGAAUCUUGUGUGCCGGUCACGAGGGGGCAACCCUCCACCAAAUCUUCUCUGGCUUCGUGACGGCAUAUCACUUCCUCCGGAAAUCAUCACGCAACGCACAAAAGGCAACCGGAUAUCUGAGAGCACUCUUGACCUGGAACUGCGGGCUACAGAUCAUGGCGCAGAAAUUCAAUGUCGGCCCGAGCUCAGCGUGUCGGGGCAAAGCUCGUCGCCCCAAGUUAGCUCAGUGGGAAGUCCUUACAAUGGUACGGGCCUUGAGGCGUCAGUACGACUCACUGUGUAUUUUGCACCUCGUAAGGUGCUUAUCAGCGGUACGAGUGAAGUAAGGCGAGGUAGUGAAGCCAACCUCCACUGCGCAGCGUCUCCUUCAAAUCCUGCGGUAACCCUCGAAUGGACAAUCGACGGGAUACCCGUUGAAGCCGAACCACGGACUGCGCUUGUUACACAAAUGGACAAAGGCUACAUUGCAUCUAGCAACCUGACAAUUCAAACCGACCCGUCAAGUGAACGAACCGUUCGCAUUAUUGAUUGUCAUGCUCGGAGCAAAGAUCUAAAGGGCAGUCCGUAUGGUAGACAUAGGCUCAACGUUACAUUCAGUCCGGAUAGGCCUCAAAUCAUUGGGUACAAAGAGGGCCAAAUAGCAAGACACAUGUCUUCAGUAACCUUGACAUGCCUCUGCAAAGGGGGAAAUCCAUUUGCCGAGCUUCGGUGGCUCAAGGAUAGCGAACCUAUCCCCACAAAGGACUUGACGAUUCUGACCGAUGGUGUUCAGAGUGCUAUCACCUUCUCGGCUGAUCGUAGCGAUAACGGCGCAACUUAUAGUUGUGAAGCAUUCAAUCCAGCAACAGCGACACCUCUGGUCGCCAAGGUGAAACUACAAGUAAGAUUCCCUCCUGAGUAUGUAAAUGUGACAGUGGACCCACCGAUGGCACGGGUUGGGCAGCGAGUUUCGUUACUCUGUAACGUAUCGUCGAGUCUUCCGGUUUCAACGAUUCGCUGGUUUCGUGGUCCAUCAGAGAUCGACCCGGAUUAUCAGCAGGUUAACCAGCCAGCGAGCUUUGGCGGAACUUCUUCACAUUCUCGUUUGACCCUUCUGUCAGUAACGGCCGAAGAUAAUGAUCUUCCCAUUGUUUGUUCGGCAUUCAAUCAUUUGCUCAACAUCUCGCAGAUGAGCAAGGUCCAUCUUCGAGUAGCUUAUCCGCCCGAGUUUCCACAGUCUGAGUGGACCUUUAAGCUGACAGAAGGAGAAUCAAUGGUGGUGAAUAUCUCGGCCAAGGCGAAUCCCUCUGUAACGACCAAGGGAUAUUCAUGGACUCGAAGAGGCGCGUUACUAACAAAUGUAGAUGCUCUGAACGACAGCGCUCAUUCGAUAUCGUUUGACGGGCCUUUGUUGCACCUGCGCAACGUAACGCGUUUUCACGCGGGCCACUAUCUCGUCGAAGCGGACAAUGGCGAAGGUGUCCCUGUCAACGCAUCUGUCUACCUUAAUGUCCUAUUCGCACCUAUUCUGGAAAACGUCACACGUGACGUGGAGGUCGACGAAGGUCAAGAUGCCGUACUGUUUUGCUCGGCUGUAGCAAACCCUUCAGCCCAGGAACUUUUCUCGUGGAGACGUCAGGGAGCCCAGCUCGGACUCGCACCCAAGACAAAACUUAUACAGAAAACCACCUCGAGCGAACUUCGUUUAUUAAACGUUUCCCGGAACGCGACGGGAAUAUUCGAAUGCGUUGCCACCAACGGAGUUGGCGAAGCGGCUGUUGGUAUUAUCCGCCUAACGGUAAAUUAUCGGCCGCGCAUUCAGAUGCCGCCUGAUCCACCUCUACAUCGAGUCGCUUCAGCCGUCGAGGACAGCGUUGAGAUUUCGUGUAAGGCGGACGGUGUGCCGGCUGUUAAUUUCGAAUGGCUAUUUAACGGCCAGCCGAUAUCAGCGAUGCAUCCGAACUUCGAACUUCCUCGACCCCGCAAACUGGCCGACACCCGGUGGGAAGGUCUUUUAACUAUUCGGAAAGUGACCGAAGGCGAUUACGGAUUAUACUCCUGCGUCGCAAACAACUCGUUAGGCACGGAUUCGUUGGAGUUUCACCUCGUACCUAAAUCGGCUCCUGAUCCUCCUAUGGGACUACAGGCUUUCAACAUCUCGCACCAUGCCGUAAGGCUCAGCUGGCAACCGGGAUUUGAUGGAGGGCAUUUACAAACGUUUUACAUUACCUACAGAAAAACCGAUGUACGGGCCACCCAUCCAGUUACAGUGUCCCCCAGAAUAGCAGAAGACGAUAGUGAGCGCAAGACCAACGUCAAGACGGUUGCAGACAUCCAGCAGCGAGAUACCGUUCUUCUGAAACAAUCUGUCCUAGCUGUCAAUCUAACAUCAUCGCAAAGUUCCUUAAUAGUGGAGGGCCUGGAAGCGAAUACCGAGUACACUUUUGAGGUGACCAGCUCAAACAUUCUCGGCAAAAGUCGGGCGCCCAGUGAGCCCCUUGAGGUGAUAACGCAAAAUAUACCCCAAAUGGAUUCAACGAUCUCCAUGGCAGGCAACGGUGGUCCUCUUUCAUCUUCAGGCCUUGGUUCGGGCGUAGGAUUUCACCAGAGCGCCAGCUCGACGCUGUACGCUCUUGUGGCAGCCGUCGCGGGCCUGCUGCUUUGUGUCAACAUUUGUCUGCUCGGAGUGUUUCUCAGACGGCGCAGAAGAAACAAUGACUCGCAGGCAAAUGGUGAUUGCAACAGGAGCUCUGCCUCUGGAAAAAAACCAUCGAACGACAAAAAAGUGUUCCUUGUAGGCGAACGUAAGGGUUUAGCUGAAAAGGAUGCUCCUGCAAAAGGAGCUGCCGGCUAUACGAGAGAUAACGAUGACCACUGGAUUCAAACGCCACCGAAGCUCGACUUCCAUGUUUUCCGCACACCUGAUGAUGAGCCUGUUGCGAAGCAGGUUGCCCUUCACCAAGAAACCCUUGAACAGGAGGUAAAGGUCAUGCCCCCCCAGCUGGCUGUUGCAGAUGGUUAUAAACUACACUCCAGAUUUGAUACAUCAGUGCCGUUAACAGAGGUUCCAUUUCCUGACGUACUACCGCUGCCGCGAACCCUACUAUCCGGCUCAAGUUCGAUAGUGGCCCAACCCACAUUAUCGGCAUCGGGCCAGCUUCCCUCCGAGGUGGCUAUUCCGCAACCACUUUCUGCUACCGACGGCAUUUUCCUUCCGCAUCAGCAGCUACCUCCACCCCCUAUGUGGCUACCGCCCAUUCGUGAUGUGUUCGACCCUACUACGCGUCGUUACAGCACGGCGGCAAACGAGCCUCCAACCGCCGUUCAAAGGGAUGACCUGGUAUCGUCUACUCUACCGCGCAAUCUCCACCUGCACCAAACGGCAGGUUUACAGCAGCAGCGAACUAAUCAACAGCAGCUGCAGCAACAACAACCACAACAGAUCCUGCCACAACAGCAACAACCACAACUAGCCAAUCAGCAGGUGCAGUCCGCAAAUACAACUGCGAGUUCUAGUCGGAACUAUGGCGGAGCAGCCACCCUCGGGCGACAGCCGCGGAAUAGGCAGACGACAACACAGAGACCCGGCGUCCGGUGGAUCCCCGCGGUACAAAUGAUCCCACCAGUAGCUGCCUCAGUGACCGCAUGCAAUCCAACGAGUCAGGGGCUGAAAGAGACCAGUUAGGCUGGGUUGGGCCUUCAGCAAUUAAUCUUAAUAGAAUCAGAACCAGCAAGCUAUUUUUUUUCGGCUACACUCAAUAUUACGGCUAGCGUUGCAACUACUUCCGCCGACAUUGUCACUGCAGAAAGUGCGAUCCAUUCCCACGACAUGAGCCCUGGAGCCGUUGCUGUUGCUUCUGCUGGCCGUACAGAUGUCAAGGCGAUGACACAGAUGUGCGUUCUAUAUGGGACAAGGUUAUUUUGACAGGGGAGGGCACCACAGUCAGAUAAGGCUGAAUCGAGGGCUGAGUGGACGAACAACGUUGAAAUGGGGAUGCGGCAGUGCGUAGGAUGAUAACGAUGUCAUCUACACGGCAGCUUGGUCGGUCGUAGUAGACAGACAAAGCGGUUACAACUAAUUCAAGUAUGUGCGUAUGAGAGAUUGCGUUCCAAGGCGCGUUCUGUUAAAUGGCACAUAUAAUUACAAUUACUAUUACUAGUCCUUGAAACCUAUAGUUCAUUCCUUUGUUUUUGCCUAAAGUGUUGCGACACUCAUGGCUGCCAGUAAUAGAGCACGAUAGCAUCUUACCUAUAAGCCGUUAACAACCGCUGUAUCCCUACCGUUUAUCAGAAGAAGGAGCGGGAGCAGGGGCAGCAACAAAAAAUAACCAAUUGACCAUAGAGCAUGCAAUUUUAGGUAGAAGAAAAUUAGAUAACGGAGGUUAAUAUAAAGUAAAUGACUAAAAACGAAAACUGUAUUAUAUAUUGAGUUAUAAUAUAUAUAGUCUACAAUAGGAGAGAAAUGUAAGUGAUAAUCGGUGAAAGACGAAGUGAUAGAGCGGUGGGGGGCUUUUUGAUGUAACACUCGUUCGGUGAGCGAUGCAGAUCUAAGCGGUGAUACGGUGCAUUGGAAUGAAUACGUCUUAACUAGCAUUUUUGCUGAGACCUUACCUGUUAAACGUGGCUAAUGAGUAUGGGUGCUGUGGUGAAGGUACAACUAAGUGCUCAAAUAGUAAGGCUGUAGAGCAUAAAAUGAAUAAGAAAAUGGCCGCGAAAGCAACAACAAUAACAAAGGAAACCUGUUGAGGUGAAGGGAGCAUGAUAAAUGAAAAGAAAAACAUUUAGACUAACUUUAACUAUUAGAAAAGUUGGAUAGAGCACUGAACGCAGAAAGUUAGAUGUUAAAUAACGAUGAACGUCGCGUUCAAGUCAGUUGUACGCUCAGCGUGGAGGAUAGGGACCGCCAGCGUGUUAAUAAUAAGGUUAUAUAUAAAGUAAGUAAGUAAGUAUGGGUUUUAAAACACAUUUAAUAGUUUGACUGAAGCAUGUGAUGGAAGAGUGCAAAAAGAGGGAAGAACUUACGCAAAGCACAGUGGGACGAUGGAAGGCAAAUCUGUAAAUAUCCAUAGGCAUUGCGGAAAACCCCUAGCUAAAUAUUGUUACUUCCACUAUAAGAGGCGAAGAACGCAGGAAUAACAGCAAGUUAAAGGAAGGAGAAACACGAGCGGUGAACGCGUCUAAGGCACAUUGGAAGUUGAAUAAAAAACGAAAAACCUAAGGUCAAUUGGGGUCAAGCAAGGGCGGAACGGCAAAAAGAAGACCAGUACUAAAAAUCAAAGCAAAUAAUGUCAGAUAAGAACACCAGUUGACAAUCAACAUACAACAAAAUUGCUGAAUAAUUGAAGACAAUUCGCUUAGGCAGAUAAACAGAUUAACUCUGAGGGAUGGAACGUACGUACACGAGUAAAAAACAUUGCAGGUCAUAUCUACCAGAACGAAAGCAAACCGUUGGUUUGAUGGUAGAAAACGCCUGUACGAAAUUCCCUUGGCUAGAUUGCCUUGGCCUGUGUAGAUAGGAAGUGCAGGAUUAUUCGUAUGGAAGCGAUUAUGGAUAAACACAAAAAUAGAGUCUGUUUUCGUUGGGAAAAAAAUGCCUUUAAUUUUGACGGCGAAAAAUGAUUAGGGACGCACCGCAAUAAUAAUGAUGAUGGAGACUAUGAAUGCAGAAUAAUACAUUCAACAAUAAUAGCUUCAUUGAACACACUUCCCUGUGGUGCGCGUCGAGUACGACCGGCAAAUCGUCCUGUCUGUGCAGUCCAUGUGUCUAUUGGAUAUUGUCUGCCGAGGACAAAAUGCGACAAGGAAAAUGUCGUUUAUCGAAUCGUUCCUAUUCCUGCUCAUGGUACCGUUGGAAUGGUUCCAAGGCAGUUGAACGUCGUACGAGGCGAAACAAAGUGGCCCCGGAUCCAAACUUUUACCGCAAUUGUAACGCUCAAAUACCUACAUAUGAAUUUAAGCGUACAGACACACAUUCAUAUAUAGAAAUUUAACAAUUAAUAGAAACAGCUUUUUGGAAAUUUACAGGCAUGAUCAUGAUCCUGUGUACCGACAUGCGAUAUUAAGGUAGUUCAACUCGAAUGUCAGCAGUGUUCGUAAUGAAAAACACAGGGUGGGGAGAGUGUAUAAUGGAAAAAGAAAUGAUGUUUGAACUAACUGAGGAGACGACCUCGUGGAGAUGAGGAGUAGAGGGCAGAAGAAGUUGGCGAUACCAAUAAUACUAACACAGGAACGAAUAGUUGCCAAAUGGUAACAAAUGAGUGACGCAUACAGAACAAAGAAGCAGAAGAAAAAACUACGGACGGCUUUAACAGAAUAUCGGCGUCAAAUGUAUUAUUUUCUAUUUUAUAUAAAUCGAUGAACGAGUAAGAAUAAAGGAUGAUUAAAGUUGUCUCUAUUUUAAAA